ACCUUGUACAGCCUCUGAUCGCAGCUCUUCUCCAGGAUGUGGUCUCCUCUGUUGCUCUGCCUCUUCCUUGCUGAACUUUGUCAAAAAAAAACAUCUUUAAUCAAACGCUGCCCUCCAGCCUAAACGCUCGAGAUUGCCUUCUCUGCGGAAAAUGGGGUCUAAUCCAGCCAUGUUCUUUGCCACCAUUCUCAUCACCUUUUCCGUUAUGGUAAACUCACAGUCUUCAAAUAAAAUAGACACCUUGAUCGACCCUGCAGGUAAUGCAACCACAACGGUAUCCUCCUCACCAGCACAACCUAUGAAUCAGUCUGUACCAAAAGAGCCAUCGUCUUCAGAAUCAUCGACUACCCAAAUUUCAAAAGUGCAAUCACCGUCAACACAAUCAACCUUUCAGGCAAUAAGUACUUCAAGUACAACCACAAAGAGCAUCGUAACCACAAAACGAGAAACAUCUCCGAAAAAACAAAACAACGUUAUGCAGAGCACAAAUACAAAACUCAAAACCACUUCAAGGAAACCAGCUGAAAUAAAAACGAUUCCUUCAGAAAGAGGCACCAUCAUCAUCAUAGUGCUUAUCCUGCUCCUCAUUUUCCUCAUCCUGCUCUUCGUAUUUUCUUACCGCCUGCUAAACAAAAGAACCAAAAAUGCCUACUGCGUCUCCAAGCUAAUUCACCCCAUGCAGCAGAGGGUGACGACCUUACUAAGCCCCUUCAUGACGGCAUCAACAAGUAGAGAGGAGCUGCACGAUGAGCAGGAAGAUGAAGAUACUGAAUCCAGUUACAAGCAGCAGGGGGUCCAUGCGCCAAAGGGUCAAGAAAGUGGCGAGGAGAGCGAUGUGGAAAACAACGACAAUAACAAUGACAAUCUGGACUCUGACUCAGAUGACUAUUCCAGCAUGGAUGGCUGUGACUUGCGUGAGCGGGCCAAGCUGAUGAUGGAAGCUGACGAGGAAGAGAAGGCUCGGCAAAAGAGGGGCCAAGCCGGGGAAGGGGGACUGCUGGCGGACAUCCAUGCCUUUUCAGGAAGCGCCGUCUGGUCAGAAGAGAAAAGUGAGGAUGGAGCAAAAGGGUCGGAGGCCGAUAUCACUGCCCUGUGAGCUGUAAACCUGCAAAGAAUACAUAUGAGGACAAACAUGGAAGAUUUGCUGUAUACUGUGGGAGCCAAAGUGGUCUUUCUAAACUAACUAUUUGGUAAUUUAAUGAAGGUUCACACCAUUCAAUUUCUUACUGCAUGUAACUUUUUUUUUCAUUUAUGUUAAUAAGUCACUUCAAUUGACUAAGAAUUCCUCAAGCUGUACUAUGGUUAUAAACUUAUUCUUUGAGUUUAUGGACUCCACUGGGCAUAUUUAUCACGUAGCCUGACUGACCAACCACUUGGCUCACCUCUUCAUGCCCAUCUCCAGUAUGGGACGGGGGUCCUACGUUUAAUGAAGUCUUAUGGACACAUGAGAGGGCAGCAUUUUCUUCCAGGCUUCCUCCAACAGACUUGUUUGUUCAGCAAGUGACCUAUGUCCACUGUGACCAGCAGGAGAUGCCUCUGAGCCAUAAACCUACAAAUACGACGGCACUAAACACAGUCUCUUAUUCAAAAGAAAGAUUUUUUAUUUACAAAAUACCUUAUAACCGAUUUGCCAACAAUGCAAAUAGAAUUCUCUUUCCUCACUCCUUCCACUCCUUCCAUGCAAGUCUUGUCAACUUCAUUCUGACUUAGAUUGCCCUUUCGAGGUGAAGUGGCAUCUUUUAUGGAGUACUUAUGGCGCUUAUGGCAUCAGAUGGCAGAAGAACUUCCAGGCUGAGCUGAAAACCCACAAAACAGGGAGGUCUUCUGCCGGCAGCACCCAAGGACCCCAACAGGCCUGUCCUUCUGGACUACAAAUCUCAUGUAACCCCACAGGUGGGACCCUACUGGGACUGUGCCAUCUAUAGUACCAGGGAAGGAAGUGCUCUUGACAGACUGUCCAUCCGUUAAUCUUUCACCCCAAUUGGGAUAAUAAUCAAGAACCAUCCUGGCCGGAUUACACCUCCAUGUAUUGGAUAAAGGCAUUAUGCACUCCCGGCUGGGCCAGGAGUCACCUCUCCUUCCAGUCGGGAUGCCAGUCCUUCCGUUAGGGCACUGACACCCCCCAAAUAUAUAUAUUUUUUAUGUAGAAUGCACUUGGAUAUAAUGGACAAAGCAAAGCUUGCCUCUUUGAUGCUCUGCUGAUAUUAAAAUGCACGGUGACUGCUUUAAUGAAGUAAAUUGCUACCUUUCAGCUGUUAUUAGUUUUUUGUUCAUUAUUGCAAAAAUGGUGGCUAAGUUUGUCCAUUUAGUUUUCUCCUGGACAGGCAUCAGAUAAUAAUCAUACAAUUUCAUUGUCUUAGUCUUGUUUUUUUAUAUUUUUUUUGCUAAUAAAUCUGUUUUGUGCUAA